CUCCAUGACGGGUUUUAAUAGAACCAAGCAGCCAAGAAAACUCCAGUCUGGGUUUUGCGUUUCGCGCCAAAUUGAAAGGCCGAGCUCUCGUCUCUUCCUUUUCUUUGUGUACGACUUGUGCACGUUCCUGGACGGGCGUGCAAAAGGAGUUCGAAGUGAGUUGCGUUAUUUGCGGUCAUAGCAACUUGAUACGGCAACCCAAACAGCUGUACACAUCGUACCGUACACAUCGUACCGCAACCAUGUCCGUCCGCGUAGAGUGUGGAUUUUCAAACGACGAGGUGCUGAAUAUUCGUUACCCUCUCCACCGGGCGUGCAGGGAUGGAGACGUUGGUGCUUUGUGUUCGCUUCUUCAGUGCACAACAAACCUAGCGGACCUCAUCACGGAAGACUCCUUCUAUGGCUGGACUCCCAUUCAUUGGGCAGCACAUGUUGGAAAGUUGGAGUGUGUCAUGCGCCUGGUGCAGGUGGGCUGUGAGGUGAACGCCAUGACGACGAGGUUUGCCCAGACGCCCGCCCACAUCGCGGCUUUUGGAGGCCACCCAGAGUGUGUGCUGUGGCUGUUGCAGGCCGGGGCUGACAUCAACAGACAGGACUAUGUAGGUGAGACCCCCCUCCACAAGGCAGCCCGGGCUGGUAGUAUGGAGUGUGUCAACGCCCUCUUGAUACAGAGUGCUAAACCAGACUUAAGGAACGCUAAUGACCUGACGGCGGCAGACCUGGCCCACGCCCAGGGCUUCUGGGAGUGCGCCCAGCUGCUCUCCAACGCUCAAAACCACCUCAACCAGCUCAAUGGUUUCCAUGCCAACGGGGCGCUAAACGGCCACUGCUCCCUCGGCCAAAGCCGGGGUCUCCUCAAAGGGCUGGCCAAUAGAAAGAGGCUUCUGGACGGCAUGGAGCCCAAUCACAUCAAGAAGGCCAGAACAGACGGUGUGGACCUGCCCACGUGGAUGCAGCAUGGCUGCGGGGAGGAGCUGGAGACCAUGUAUAUGGAGUCUGCAGCCCCGGACCCCGUCUCAGAUGACCCCAAAGCCACCAUGGGUCAGAUGAACGGCAACGGUGGGCCACAGAACGGUGCCAUCUCCACCAAUGGCCACAUGCCAACACACCUCAAUGGGGCCAACGCUGCCGUGCUGUCAACCGGCUUCUCGCGAUGGGGAUUGCCGGCCUUGGCUCCUUCCACUGAAAACGGACUGGCGUCAUCGCCGCUAGCGAAUCAGGAGGCGGAGGAGACCCGGCGGCGUUCAGCCCACGAGAUGUGCGGCUCGCUACACCUGACGGGAAGCCCCAGCAGCUGUGUGUCCCACCGGCCCUCCUGGGAGUCCAUGGCCAGCGACCCGGGGGACACCCUGCACUACGGACACUACCAUGGCUUCGGGGACACAGCAGAGGACCUGGCUGAGGAGCACAGCAGCUCGGUGCGCGUGGAGCAGCGUUACGACCAGGCCGUGCUCAGUACCAUGCACUUCUAUCACGGAUCCUAAAUAGGGGGAGGCUGGCCCUUCCCAAAUAAGUAGUCCGUCUAGCUACCUGCCCCGGCGGAGGCACAACUGUGCCUACAGCCGCUAGCCUGCCUUAAAACCCAAUGGUUACCAUAAUAUCGUUGUUGCACUGGGGAUGGAGAGAAGAGACACAUUGGCCCAUCUACCAAAGGGAACAAAUAGCAUUGUUGUUUUUGUAUUUGAUAUUUGAAAUCCUUAUAUUAUUACUGUCUGUUUGUGUUGUAGCGCAAGAUGUGAUUGUGGUAAGCUGAUCCUAGUUUUUCUGGUGAUGGUAUUGCAUUCAAUGCAUUUGUUUGUUUGUUUCUCAAAGGUGCUGGUUAUUAGAAUUAUGAGUUAUGAUAAGACGGCGAUGCCUGAUUUUUGUGUUAGACCAAAAGGCUAAAUGACUUGUGUUUGGCAUGUAGGUUCUGUGCGCCAACACUUAUGUUAAAUCUAUUAUGGCACAAAAAAAGUAUUUUUUUACUGACUUUGUCUACUCGGAGCACUACAAACAAGUAUUUCUCAUUUUUGGGGUUCUACUGAAAUAAAAAUGAGAUCAAAUUGCA